AUGUGGGUCAUGCAGUCGCAGCAUCUAGUGAAUGAUGUGCCUGUGUCUGCGGGCCGCGUGGAGAACUAUGUGCUGCUGUUGGUGCUGCUCUGUGUUUUUGCCGGCGGGACGCUGGUCCUGCUCUCCCUGCUGCUCCUCUUCUGCCAUCGCUGCUGCAUGAGUGGACGGCGCUACUCCAGAGCCAGUGAUGACCCUGAAAAGACGAACACAACAUAUGUUGAGGAUUCGCAGCCAACUCAAGAGAUCACCAUCCGUCUGGAUGAAUCGGACGCUCUCUCUGCGUCGAGCUGCCGUGAUGGAGAGUCAGAGAGGUUUGUUUCCACUGCCUCGACUGGCCGCCGUGUCUCCUUCAAUGAAACUGCACUUUAUGAACAGGAGAAGAAGACUCAGGACAAAGGGCGCAGGUACACACUGACUGAGGGAGACUUCCACCACCUGAAGAAGGCACGGCUGACGCACCUCCACCUGGCUCCCGCCCCCUCUGCCCUGAAGAUCCUCACCAUCAUGGAGUGUGAGUCAGCAGAGAGCAGCACCAUCAACAUCAAUGAGACGCCGGAACCCAAGCUGCCGCUCGCCAUUUACCAGCCCCCUGAAAGAGGUGCACCCAUCGAGCCUUUAGACUGGAUGGGUCAGAGCCUGAGUGGAGGCCUGCCGGGAGACCCUCACCACUCCAUCAUCCUGGACCAGAGCCCCCGACAGGCCUCGUCAGCCAUGAAAACACAGCACACACGCUCCCAGACAAUGGAGGCUCUCGGGGACAGGGGAGAGGGAGAGCAGAAGAGGGCGAUGAGAGGAGAGAGAGAGUUGUCCUCAGCUCCUGGCCAGACCUCUGUUCUACACUUCUUCUCUAAACUCCGGCGCCAUGCCAGUCUGGAGGGGGCAGGACCUUACUUCAGGAAGUGGAAGUUUGACAGCAGCCAUCGGGCUGCCAGUCUAGAUGCCAAAGGAUCCCCCAAGAGGAGGCCAUUCCAGAGACAGAGAGCUGCAAGUGAAACUACCGACCACACAGAGGACGACGCCUCCCCUCUGAGAGACGACGUCAUUCAGCCAUUCACACACGCUUCCAUCCAGACAAGCGGUCUACAGUCCCUCUCUGCAGGGUCUCUCUCGCACCCCACAACACCAUCCUCACCCCCAGCCUUCCUCAGCAGGUUAAAGGUGGAGGCCAUGGUCGAGGUAGGUGGCAGCAGCAGCACAAAGAAAGAGGAAAGCUGUUCCCCAAAUGAUGAUCAUUAUCUUGUGAGGCAAGAGGAGGCCGCAGGCAAAGAGAUGGGAGUGGGAGCAGAAGCAAAGAUGGAGCUAAAGUUAAGGGCAGGAGUGCAGCAAGAACCAGGAGAUGAUGAGGCAGAAGAGGAUGACUUGUUUGAGGUACAAAAAGGCGCUGCCAUUCAGGAGAAGUUUGAAAGUCUCAUGAGGAAAAGUGAAGUCACUGAGGCAAAGCCAGACCAUGUGAUGACAGAAGUGAGGAAAGAGGAUGAGAUAGAUGAAGGAGAUGAUGUGGUGCUGGGAGCUGAAGCCAGGCAAAGAGCUGACUCCGGGUCAUCUCUAUCCUUCAUGCUUCGCCAGGAAAGCUGUGAGGCUCCGCCCUCUUUAUACAGAGAUAUCUGGAGCUUGCGAGCCUCUCUGGAGCAGUACGCCUCCUCAGACCAGAGCAGCACCGAUCGGGAGUCCAUCCGCAGUGAUGCUGACAGUGUCUCCUCUUUGGGGGGCACAGGAGCUCGCUCUGGUCUUGAUAGCUGCUUGUCGCAAGACCUGGAUGAUGAACCUGAGGGAGAAGGAGAAUCAGAGGGAAUAGACGGCGGAGUCAAAGGGGCUUCAGGUGGGAACAGUGAAAUGGGAAGUGGGACAGGAGGAGAGAGUGAGGCAGGGAGCCGUAAGCUCCUUCAGAUGGACAGUGGCUACGCCUCCAUCGAAGCACCGUCGAGGGCCCCUGAUGAUCUGCGGCUUUUCGGGACUCCUGGAGGGCCGCGGGGGAAGACUGCAUCUGAGAGGAGGUUGUUCUUCACCAACUCUGGAAGAAAAGGUUCAGUGUGUGACAGCAUCGAGGCCAAGCUGCUUCAGGAGGAGCUGGAGGAAGAGAUGGGAGACAGCACCGAGAUUGAGCAGAAAACGACAGAGGAGUCUCAAACCAGCAGUCAGCCUCUUAGCCUCAAAGAGCCGCCUCAGCUCCUGAAACCCCUUCAUCAUCAGAAACCUCUAGAGUCGCAACAGCUACAGUCGCAACCAACUUCACCGCUGCUGAAACCACUCCCACAGGCCUCCCCUCCUCUCCGCCCACGUCUCCGGCGCCGUGACUACAGCAUCGAUGAGAAGACAGACGCUCUGUUCAACGAGUUCCUCCGUCACGAUCCACGGUUUGACCAGCAGGAUUCUCCACUGCGCUCCAGGCAUCGUUCCAGAGUCCACCUCCGGAAGCAGUGGCAGAGACACAAGCAAUACAGCGACCCAGGGUCAGGCGCUGGGGGCAGGUACUCCCCUUCUUUGGAGAGGCAGAGGUUCACCCCGCUACGCAGAGGGGACAGCGCUGGGUACCCUCUGGACACCAGAUAUCACAGCACACUAUCACGCAUAGCCAGUGCAGCCGAUGAAGAAGCCAAUGAGGUAGCAGCUUGUGAAGAAGCAACCAAGGAAGGUACAGAGAGUAAAGAUUCAUCAGAAGAGAGAGUUUCAGGAGAGGCCGCAGGGAGAACACAGGCCCACACAGCUUCUGAAGACACUGACUUGUUGAAAGAGGGCUCUAAUGGUGCAGAAUCAACCAGUGAGGGCCAUGACAGCACAGUCUCUGCAAGUAAAGAUGCAGCGAGUGAACCUAGCCUCUCGUUGGCUUCAUCCACACAGGCCAUGGACCCAAGAGUCGACAACAGAAACAACAACAGCAGUCAAGCUAUCCAAUCAGAUGUUUCUUAUAGCGGCCACGUGACUCUUCCAGAUCCCUCUAAAGAUUCGACAGGCCAUCCCAGUCUCCCUCCAGGCCACAUCCUGCAGAAGCAGAGCAGCCUGACAGACAAGCUGGCUAUGUCGGUGGAAGAGAGGCUCUAUACCGGGCUGAGGAGUGCAGAGCAGCGCCUGGGUCAAGGAGGAACCGAGUGUGUGGUUGCUGCAUCCCACACUACCUCUCCUGGCCACAGCCCCGUAUAGCCUGCCAGCCCCCUCACCCCGCUUUAGUAACACUUCAUUCAAGUUCAUUUCUCUAUAGCACUUUAAAGAACAUCUCGUGUUAGCUACCAGUCAAAUAUCUGCAUUUCUUACACCUGGACAAAUUCCCAAAUUGGUUUAAAAAAAAAAAAAAAAAGGCUUGAAUAUUGAUGCAUCAUUGUACAGAUACAUUCUAUAGGACAGGUACCUUACUGUUGGCCAGUCUCUUGUCUCUUUCCGUGUUUCCAUACAGACCUUAAUUUCCACUGUGAAGCCAUGUGCUGUGACAUGUGAUGCUCCUUUUUACCUAGCAACAUCACUCUAAAAACAUACGCUGUCAUUACACAAGUUAAAAAAAAAAAAUAAAAUACAGACCCGUAUUAUUUUGGUUUCAUCUUUAGAAAUAAUAACUCUUUUGGGACUUAGUUGUAUGGAUUUUCAGCAUGCUGUGUGUUAAACAAUGUGUAUGUGAAUACAGUAGUUUUGACUUUAAAAAAAGAACAAAAAACAGAAGCACUUUGAUGGGAAAAAGAUAAUGACGAGUUUUCUGUCACCCAUUUCCCUCAUCUGAAUCCAUAUCCUCCUCAAGUGUCCUUCUCAUCUUGAUCACCAUGAGGCUAAAUUUGUAAUAGCUGGGGUAUCUGUACUUGGGCCAUGGGAGUAACCUUGACCAUGUAAAAAAAAAAAAAAUGCAUUGCAAUUAUUCUGUGCUAAAAAGCCAAGUCUCAUUAAUGCCAUCAGUAGAUCUGGAGUAAACAUACACUACAUGGUAAAAGAAACAGAUGGGAUGCCCAAGCUAUACAGCCAACACUCGUAAAUAUGUGCAUCAAGCAUUUUUAUACUCAUAUUUUAUCUAUUUUUAUAGGAUUUUAUUACUCAUCUGUCCCUGUUACGCUUAUGCAUCAUAAUUAAGGAAGUGCUAUCCAAGAGCUUCCGUGGGUUGAUGUGUAGUGCUCCCUUGGGCCUGACAGGAGCGUCAUGGCACUGAGGGUCACUACUGAGAUACAGACCGACAGAUGAUACUUUAAGUGACUGUCAUUAAGACAGAUGGUGUGGGGUGAGCGGAAGAGAGCUGUGACGACAAAGGUGGAGGUUAAAACUGACUAUAGGAGGAAUUGUCUGCUCCCAAAUCCCUGAAGACAGGGAUACUGAGUCAUACUGCUGUAUUAUUGAUAAAUCACUUACAUGAAGCAUUGAAAUAAUACAACGUAUAUAUUCUAGGCCCUAAAAAAAAAAAUACAGAUUGCUUGUUUACAUGGCAGGGCUGAACCUUACAUUUCAGAGUCUAAAAAUCUGACAAGUUGAAUACCUUUUCUUUUACUAGUGUGGAUGUAAAUAGGAUUGAUUCAUUUCAUUCUUCCAUCUCUGCAUUCAUAUUCAAGGCCAUCACCCCCAACAUGAUGUAGGCUACUACAGUGCAUUCCUGCAUGUUGUAAUAUGUUAAAAAAAAAAAAAAAAAAAAAAAGGCUACUGAAGAACUGUGUGUAACAGUAGGUAUGCCUGCUUACAGCAUUGUCCCUAUUUCUUUUACAAACUGUGAAUCCAUUUAUACAGAGACUUGGGUUUGCGCUACAGUAUGUGCACUGUUUACCCUAUGGAACUAAUGUCCUUGUCCAUAUUUCUGGUGAACCAUCUGCUUUAUAGUAAAAAUGAGAAGUGCAGAAAAUUCAAAUGUUUUGUAAUGCCUUGACGAGGCUAGAUCUUGUGGGACCAACAAAGGCACAUGUUCAUUUUGGACUUAACAUUUUUUUCCAAAUAAAAAAAAAAAAGGAA